CAACAACAACAGCAGCAGCAACAGCAACAAAUUGCCCAGCAGCAGCAACAACAACACCAUCAACAACAGCAGCAACAACAACAACAUGUUACUGUCCAGCAACCAAACGAUGCAAUAAAGGAUGAAAAACCCUCCUUCAUUACGAAUGGUAAAAUUCCCACCAGUAAUCAACAGAUAAUAAUGCAGCAUAUAUCCUCGGCUGCAUCGACAGCAACGCCAUCCACAUCGGGCGCCACCACAAUCACAUUGGGCACACCCAAAGCGGAAAUCAAGGAUGACGGCAGUGUUGUCAUCGGUGGCAAAAUUCACCCUGGCAUUGAAAUGUAUAAAGUUAAUAUGGAAGAUAUAUCACAAUUGUUCGCCUAUCAUGAGGUCUUUGGUAAGAUACACAGCGAUGUUAUAAAUCAUCCAUUGGCAGCGGCACAUGCUGGUAUACCAGUUUCGGCCAAUAGCAGUAUCGUAGCACCGGCUGUUGCGGCUGCCAGCAGUAAUGCCAAUGAAACGCAACAACAACAUCAGCAGCAGCAACAACAACAGCAACAGCAAGCCGGUGGCACGGCUGUGGUGGCGAACAGCGGCACCAAUAUGGCUCAGCAGCAGACAACCGAAUCGACCAUAACCACAACGGCAACUGGCACUGGAGUUGUGGCUACCACUAGUGCAGCCACUGCAAUUGCGAAUACCACUGGCACGGCCGUGGCCACCACAACAGCUGGCGGUGCAGCAGCUGGUCUACUGCUGCCCAAAAUGGAGGGUGGCAUUGCUGUCGAUCAAAGCCAAAUCACUUUGGCACCCGAUGGAACGGUCGUCUCCACCGGCGAACAUGUCUGUGACAUUUGUGGCAAAAUGUUCGCCUUCCGCUAUCAGCUGAUUGUGCAUCGUCGCUAUCACACCGAACGCAAACCGUUCAAUUGUCAGGUUUGCGGUCAGGGUUUCUUUUCCUCACAGGAUCUGACGCGUCACGGUAAAAUCCACAUUGGUGGUCCCAUGUUCACCUGUGUCGUUUGUUUUAAUGUUUUCGCCAAUAAUGCCUCGCUUGAGCGUCACAUGAAACGGCAUUCGACCGAUAAGCCCUUUGCCUGUACCAUUUGUCAAAAGACAUUUGCCCGCAAAGAACAUUUGGAAAAUCAUUUUCGAUCGCAUACCGGCGAGACUCCCUUUCGUUGUCAAUAUUGUGCAAAGACAUUUACACGCAAAGAACAUAUGGUGAAUCAUGUGCGCAAACAUACGGGCGAGACGCCACAUCGUUGCGAUAUUUGUAAGAAAUCAUUUACACGCAAGGAGCACUAUGUUAAUCAUUAUAUGUGGCACACUGGUCAAACUCCUCAUCAGUGUGAAGUGUGCGGCAAGAAAUAUACACGCAAAGAACACUUGGCCAAUCAUAUGCGUUCGCAUACCAACGAUACGCCCUUCCGUUGUGAAAUCUGUGGCAAAAGUUUCAGUCGCAAAGAACACUUUACCAAUCAUAUUUUAUGGCAUACAGGCGAAACACCCCAUCGCUGUGACAUCUGUUCGAAAACAUUUACGCGCAAAGAACACUUAUUAAAUCAUGUGCGACAACAUACGGGCGAAUCGCCGCAUCGUUGCACCUAUUGCCCGAAAACGUUUACGCGCAAAGAACAUCUAACCAAUCAUAUACAUCAACACACCGGCGAAACUCCUCAUCGUUGUGAUUUUUGUUCAAAAACGUUUACGCGCAAGGAACAUUUAUUAAAUCAUGUGCGACAACAUACAGGCGAAUCACCACAUCGUUGCACCUAUUGUAUGAAAACGUUUACACGCAAGGAACACUUGGUCAAUCAUAUACGACAGCAUACGGGCGAAACUCCAUUCAAGUGCACCUAUUGCACUAAGGCUUUUACCCGCAAGGAUCAUAUGGUAAAUCAUGUACGCCAACACACCGGUGAAUCACCGCACAAGUGUACAUUCUGUGCUAAGACAUUUACGCGCAAAGAACAUCUAACAAAUCAUGUACGUCAGCAUACGGGUGAAUCGCCACAUCGUUGCAGUUAUUGUAAGAAGACGUUUACGCGCAAGGAACACUUGACGAAUCAUGUGCGCCUGCAUACAGGCGAUUCGCCGCACAAAUGUGAAUAUUGUCAGAAGACAUUUACGCGCAAGGAACAUUUAAAUAAUCACAUGCGUCAGCAUUCAAGCGAUAAUCCGCAUUGUUGUAACGUUUGCAAUAAGCCAUUUACGCGCAAAGAACAUUUAAUUAAUCAUAUGUCACGUUGUCACACGGGCGAUCGUCCAUUUGCCUGUGAGACAUGUGGCAAAUCGUUCCCACUUAAGGGUAAUUUGCUCUUCCAUCAACGUAGUCAUACGAAAGGACAGGAAAUGGAGCGGCCAUUUUCAUGUGAAAAAUGUCCCAAGACAUUUAUUUGUAAAGGUCAUUUGGUUUCUCAUAUGCGUUCUCAUUCCGGUGAGAAACCACACGCUUGUACAUUAUGCAGUAAGGCUUUUGUGGAAAGGGGCAAUCUGAAACGUCAUAUGAAAAUGAAUCAUCCAAAUGCUCCAAUGCCACCUCCACCAGUGCCACAUCCGAUAAUACCAGCCGGUGUUUUGCCGCAGAUAAAACAAGAAAUCAAACCAGUUUUAAGCGAGCUGACUCCUUUACAAACAGCUCCCAUUGCCCAUACUAUACAACAGAUAACAGCUGGUGCUGGUAAUACAGUGCAAUUGACCACAGGACUGGUGCCUUUGGUAACAUCAACUAUAACAUCGCAUGCCACGCAAAAGCAAGCACCUCCACCACAGCAAACACAGCCGGCGGCCCAGGCACAGCAGCAGCAACAGUUGCAACAACAGCAGCAGCAACAAGUGGUGACCAGUCACCAGCAACAACAACAGCAGCAGCAACAGGCUGCAGCAGCUGCCGCCGUGGCUGCCCAUCAAUUGCAACAACAGCAGCAGCAACACCAACAUCAGUUAAUGCAGUUAUCAUUGCAACAAGCAGCUGCUGCUGCGGCAGCUCAACAACAAUUGCAACAACACCAGGAACAGCAGAGGCAACAUCAUCAACAACAACAGCAGCAGCAACAACAACAGAAUCAACAACAAGCUCAUCAUCAGCAAGCAGCUAGUAAUGUUGUUGUAACCUCCGCUCAUCAAGCAAAUCAGCAACAACAGCAGGCAACUCAACAACAGCAGCAGCAACAACAAGCCCAACAACAACCACCACCACAAGUGCCAAUCGCUUUAAUACAAGAUCCCGAAUUGGCUCGUGCUGCCAUGCAACAAUUGCAACAUAUGCCGCCGCCUAAUGUCGAACAGCAUCCGGUUGUUUACUAACAACAAAAGCAAAAUGCCAAUAUCAUAAUAUGG